AUGACCUUUGAAAAGGACACUUCCGUUCCUGCAUGCAGACAGAUGGUGGUGUGGUGGUGUGGGGAGGCAGGCCUGGUGAGGGGGGAGGCAGGUCUUAGUAAUGGGGGAGGUGUUGUUGCGUUCACCCAUCUCCCUCCCUCACCCACGAGGUGCUGCCCAAUCCCAGGCCUGCAAGGCACCUUGGGAAGGCGUUAAAGAGGAAGCGUCCACCCCCUACCUUAAUUUUGUUCAGAGUGUUAAUUGCACUGGGGCUUUGACUGCUCUCUCCUUAAAAUCUCUCAUGAUCAAUGCUCUGAUUCAAUGAGCCUAACACAAUACACUGGCUGAGGAACACCGGAACAGAGGGAGAGAAAAAGAGUUCCCAUGUGCUUUGGGUGCAAUGCCUGGUUAAGAGGUAAUGAAGGCUUCAUAAGGAUUUAAUAAUUCUUCCCUCUUUAUGUUAAUAGGGUUCAUAAUCCACCUCAACAGGCACCUUCACCCUUCCAACCCCCCUGACACACAACUCACUCACCGCUCUCCAUCUACUGUAACACAGAACACACUCAGGCUCAUGGCUACAUAAUAUUACAUAUACACUACAGAUACGGGUGCUUGCACGCAAGGACACACGUAGAGUGUCAGUCUGGAUGCCUUGCAUUUAAUAUACGUACAUGCUCCUAUGGUCAUUACACACAUCUAUGCAUGCUCACAUGCCCAUGCAUACUCAUGCAUGCCUACUAUACACAUGCAGAAGGUAGACUGUGUCUAAACAACCUGUGUUCUACUGGGGGGCUCCUCCUCUUCAUCUUCCUCUGCUCCUGUAGGAUUCUCUCCCUAAAACAUCCCAGUAAUUGAUUCUGUCUGUGUGACAUUCUGAAAGGGAUUAUUUGUGAGCUAAACUUCCCCAAGAGAAAAGGAUUCCUACAAAUAUUCUGUUAUUGUUUAUUUCACAAAUGUAUCAUCUGUACAGUUCCUAAAAAAUAAGUUAUUUGUUACAUUUGAUUGUGUAAAACUUAGCAGUACUACUUAUUUCUCUGAGAGUGAUGUGGAUAUACACUGAGUAUUCAAAACAUUAAGAACACCUAAUAUUGAGUUGCACCCCCCCUUCUGCCUUCAGAAUAGCCUCAGUUUGUUGGGGCAUGGACUCUACAAGGUGUCAAAAGCGUUCCAGAGGGAUGCUGGCCCAUGUUGACUCCAAUGCUUCCCACACAAUGUUGGCUGGAUGUACUUUGGGUGGUGGACCAUUGUUGAUACACACGGGAAACUGUUGAGGGUGAAAGCAGCGUAGCAGUUCUUGACAAAAACCGGUGUGCCUGGCACCUACUGCCAUACCCCGUUCAAAGACACUUCCAUUUUUUGUCUUGCCCAUUCACCCUCUGCACACGUACACAAUCCAUGUCUCCUCCCCUUCAUCUCACUGAUUGAAGUGGAUUUAACAAGUGACAUCAAUAAGGGAUCAUAGCUUUCAACUGGAUUUACCCGGUCAGUCUAUGUCAUGGAAAGAGCAGGUGUUCUUAAUGUUUUGUAUAGUCAGUGUAUCGCAUUUUGCAAAAAAAAUGAUUUUAAACAAAUACAUGUCUGUCUACGAACAACCCCAUGCCAUGAUUACAUAGUGAAAAAAACACACCAAUCUCUUUCACCAUUUCGGUCCCGCUUUAAAUGACGUUCAGCUUAUAAAGGCUUCUUAAAGCAUUCAUAAUGCCUUCAUAAACACUACAUAAAUGAGUUAAAGUAUCUAUAUCCGUAUGUCAUGCUUUAUAAAGGGAUCAUAAAUGUGGCAUAACUGUGUGACUAAUCCACUAUGUCGAAUAUGAUAUAAACAUGUGCUUUAUAAAGGGUGACAUGUUGAAAGAUGGCAUACGCUCUAAAGUUAAGUAAUGUUAGUCACAUUACACCUAAUCCCGUUCCCGGACAUUUCCGCCAAAAUGUGAGGGAGGUCUGGUGGACCAAAGCAUCAAACCUGGCCUUCGUUAGUUAGGGUAAGGUUUAAAAUCACAUUUUAAGAAAAUAUAUUGUGGAAAUGGGCUGGGUUUAGCCAUUGUUUUGUGACUGUGUUAACUAGUAAUUACCAGGGGGAAUGUAUUUGUUAGCAAAGGACAUAGCCUGGUGGCAAAUACUGUACUUUACUGAAUAAGGUCACUCCCAUAGAAUUCUAUGGUCACUCCCACUAAGGCCAACUUUGAAUGGUUGAUAUCCCAGUCUUAUAUGUGCUUUGUGAGCAAUAGCCUGUUCCUCAGUACACAACACGCACGCAACAAAAACAAGCCAUACCGCACGGUGCUGGGCCCAGUCAGGUCUUUGACACAUUCCCCCACUCCCCCGCUGAAAGAUCAGCCACAAAAUGUUGGCACCAUUGUAACAGGUUGUAAUCAAGCCCUGGUCUCCAGCAUGGGAACAGAAGAGGAAUACCUGGUGCGGUAGUCUCAGGUUGGGCUACUCCAAAUCAUCUUGGUUCUGACACACACACACACACACACAAACACAAGCUUUGCAGGUCCAUCAACCCAUUUAAAUACCUCACACCCUACAGUAACCUGUGGAUCAUGAAAUAACCUUCAUAAAGCAGCAGAACAUUAAUAACCUAUUUAUUUAUGUAGUGUCCUGUAAUACUUAGAUUGAAGUGAGACACCUUCGGUCAUUCAUAAUACAUCCAUAAAGACUCUAUAUUGCAUGACGCCGUACUUACUUUAAAGUCAGACUGCUUUGGUGAUUUAUAACACAUACAUACAUGCCUUAUAUCAUAUGAUGCUGUACUUACUAUAAAGUCAGACACCUUUGUUCAUUCAUAACACAUUCAUAAAGUCUUAAUGAUGUAAACACAAAUGUAUUAACACUUAGGGAAUUAUCACUAACAGCUAAAACAAAUAAACAUUAAAGACAUCUUUAUACCAUACGUUUCCUUUUAUUAGUACAUUUUUUAAACAAUACAAAUACAUGAAGUUUCAAAAAGUCCAGCAACAUUACACAGGGCUGUGAAUAGUGUAGCUUGUCCCUGAGCUGGCGGACAAAUGGUUGAACAUUUGAACACACUGGCAUUGCAAUGCUCUACCAAGAUGCAUGACAUGGUUAUAAAUGCUUUGUGAAGCCUCAAUUAAAUAUGAUGUAUAAAGCCUUUAUUAAGCUGUGCUUAUGCCACCCUUUAUAAAGCACAGGUUUAUGUCAUAUUUUACAUAGUGGGUUAUUUCACAUUUGACAUUGGUGGUUAGGUCACACAAUUAUGCCACAUUUAUGAACCCUUUCUAAUGCAUGGCAUAUGGUUAUAGAUUAUUUGUAACACAUUUAUGUAGUGUUUAUAAGCUGCAUGUCAUUUAAAGCGGGACCAUCAUUUCUUUAAACAAUAAAAGCAAAUGUACCAACAUUUCGCACAAUGGAUAUAUAGCGUUUUGGAAUUAAACUCUUCAUUUGUAUCUAAUUCUAUAAUUGUAUUUCUCAGGGCAGUCUGUGUAGAAUUCCCAUUUCUCAUUAGCGUUUUGCCGUCCUCAGGGGGACGGUGAGAUUUGACAGACAGACAGACAGAAUAUUUUUGCCGGCUGGGCUGGGUCUGGCUACAUGUUAUUUUGCCACCACUGGUCUCUUAAUAAAGGGUUUCCCAAACUCGGUCCUGGGGCCUCCCCUGGGUGCAUGUUUUGGUUUUUGCCCUAGCACUGCACAGCUGAUUCAAAUAACCAACUCAUCAUCAAGUUUUGAUUAUUUAAAUCAGCUUUGUAGUGCUAGGGCAAAAACCAAAACAUGCACCCAGGGGAGGCCCCAGGACCGAGUUUGGGAAACCCUGUCUUAAUACACAGUGUCCAGAUGAACUCCUCCUUUGUGUGCCAAGAAUAAUAACAUGUAGGAAAAAAAUACUCAGCCCCUGCUAGUCCCUGUGGAUGCAGCUUUAAUAAUCUCAUUAUCAAUUUAAUGAGGUGAUUAGAAUGCCAGGGGCCAGGGGUGCACAGGAAUGUGUUAUGGACGAAGCUAACAGCAUCCUGAGUCCUCCUGGCAUCUUGGUGCUGCAGUCGUCCUGACUCCUGCAGCUAGGGGAUUAGUUACUAUUGUCUCUGGAGACUUGGCUCGACGCGGCUCCUGUAAUGCCGGGUCAGACGCCCUGGUGGUCCCAGGUCCUCCCUCUGCUAAAGAAGACAGUGCACCACACAGCGCUGUGCAGGGUUCUGCUCUUUGUCCCCCCGUGCCAAAGGAAAUUGAGAGGAAACUUUUAGCAAGAGCCAGCUUUUGCUUUGCCAUGGAAACAGGCAUGUGCAGCAGCAUAGCAUUGUUUAGUAAUGUUAGCCUAUCGGCAUCCCUAUUCACCCAACCACCAGCUGAAGGACUAGCCAAGGAGGCACUUUUAGCAGCAUGGGAAUGUCUCUCUGAAAUGGAAGGAAAGAUUGUGUGGUAUUCUGACUGUGGACAGACCUUUUUCCUGUUACACCAAACCAUAAAGCACAUAAACAACAUAGGCUACCCAUGGAUCAAGUAUGCCAUAAAAUAUAUAGUAAUGGUAUAGAAUGGUCUGCUUUACUUGCAAUUUUCCCCCUUCUCCUAAAAGUGCGCGCUCAUUCACUCUCCCUCAAUGAUUGAGGUAAAAAGAAAAUGGUACAGACUCCGUCUACCCCAACCCAAUGAUAUUAAAUCCUUGAAAGGGAGUGAAUGACUGCACACUGCAAGGAGAAGGGGUGUAUGUGUGAUGGGAAUUGGGCUGUAGUGUGGGACACAGGCAGCCAGCCCUCAGCUGGGGAAUUUGACUGAAGCUGAAUUAGUCACAGUGGCUGCUGAAGAGCCUCCUGUGCCUGACCAAUUGAGGCCGGCUUCUUACUCGUAAUGAGGGAUACUGAGCUUAUUCUACCUACCGCCAGGUCCCAGAUAGGGUAGGAUUUAGUGUAAAGUAGGAUGAUUUCAUCUCUAUUUGUAAAACGAGCGUGAACUGCCUAUGCUAUGGUGCUGAAGUAAGAGCAGGCAAAGGGCUGUGUAUGAAAAUGGGUGCUGUCCAUGGUCCUGUAGUAGAGAGGAGCAGGUAAGGAGGAGUAUGCACUGUAUAUUAUACAGCAAUAUGGACUAUGGACAGCACUGAGAGAUACUCCUGCUGCCCAUAGUUCUGUAUACUGAGGGAAGGUCAGAGUUGUCUCAGAGGUAUUGCGCUGUCAAUGGUCCUGUAAAGAGAGGCUACUGAGAGGUGUAUGUGUUGUAGUCCCUCACUGUCCAUGGUGCUGCCGAGCAGAGCAGCAGAGGGGACAGGUCAGUGACAGACAGGCAGCAAGGCAGCAGUCCCCUGGUCCCCAGGGCCAGAUGAGUGGUAAGAAUGCAGUGGAAUGCAUUGAUUAUCUGUCAGGCAGGCCUGCUAGGAUCUAACCAAGGCAGUGUUAGGGUAUUAAGUAUCUGAAGUAUUCAAUUAAUAUUGAUAAUGAGGGGCUGUUCGUUAUGCUCCGCUGUUAGUGAUUCAGCCCCCGGUGAUCACUGUCUCUUCACAGAGAAGGGUUGGAGUGGGCUUGGGUGACUGCUCCGUAGUGUGCUUCCCACUGUGUUAGUUUGAUGGUGCAAUAUUUUCACAUUAUUGCGUUGUGCUUGAGCACAACCUCGAUGUCACGCUGUAGCCUACCAUUUUUCACUUCUGUAAGUUCACACCUUUUCGAAUUGUAAGUCGCUGUGGCUAAGAGCAUCUGUUAAAUGACAAAAAUCUAAAUAUAAAAAUACAUGAUUAUCAACUGAAGCUCCCUCUACAGAAUACAAACAGAUCCUUUGGUGGGCCACUCACUCUCCCUCUGCAGAAUACAAACAGAUCCUUUGGUGGGCCACUCCCUCUCCCACUGCAGAAUACAAACAGAUCUUUUGGUGGGCCACUCCCUCUCCCACUGCAGAAUACAAACAGAUCCUUUGGUGGGCCACUCUCUCUCCCUCUGCAGAAUACAAACAGAUCCUUUGGUGGGCCACUCCCUCUCCCACUGCAGAAUACAAACAGAUCCUUUGGUGGGCCACUCCCUCUUCCUCUGCAGAAUACAAACAGAUCCUUUGGUGGGCCACUCCCUCUCCCUCUGCAGAAUACAAACAUAUCCUUUGGUGGGCCACUCCCUCUCCCACUGCAGAAUACAAACAGAUCCUUUGGUGGGCCACUCCCUCUCCCUCUGCAAGAAUACUUCCAUUUCAGGGUUUAACAUUUUAGAGCGGUGCUCUGGUGAUUACAUGCCUUAUCUGCUUUUCAGCCACCUUCUUUGAAUUGGAUUUGAAGGCCUCAGGUCCUCGCUGUCUCUAUUUAAUUUGUUGUCUUGAAAAUGACCAAGUCUGUCUUUAUUGGAUUGUCAGGGCUGCUCAGUUCCCUCCAGCACCACUUAUUCCCUGAUGAUUUUUCAGUUUAUUUUAUUUGUGCUUUGUCUUUUCUCAGAUGCUGUUUUCUUCAUCACUCGACCACACAGUCCAGCACUAAUACAUUUAUCAUGUGUUUUCUCUCUCUCCCUCUCUUUUACAGAAACUUAUCGAAGAACCCUCUGACCACAUUAUCAUGGCAACUCUUCCAGAAUCUGCAACUCUUCGAGCUGUAAGUUUGUUUACACCUAUCAUCUUCUUUUAUGGACUUGUGCACCUAUAGUAACCGUUCAUAAAGACCUGAUAUAUUCUAAGUGUGCAACCCACCUUCAUUGUUUCCAAAUGGAUUCCCAUCUACCUCCAUUAGAAGCCAAACAACAAUUAACUUGAAGAAAAACAUUGGAAGAGACAAACAACACUAUAGUCCCUGCGUCAUUGAUUUUGAUUUAAUGGAUGUGACAUAAAAGUGUGUAAAAUGGAGCGGUCCAGGCCGAGUGAUCCUCUAGUCCAGAGUGUCUUGUCUGUCCAGAAAUAUACCAGCAAUCAGUGUGUUUAUGACCUGAAUCUUCUGGUUGUUUGGGCUACUUUCCUCCCUCCCAGUAGAAGACAUAAAAUUCAGUCUAGCGUUGAGAUGGCCAUCGUAGAGUUGCAUCCCCUCCAGCCUCUCCUCUCCAGCCCAGGAAUCAGAGUGCUUCCCCUAAAUAGCAGAGAGCCUCAGCCAGGCACUGACGCAGAGCAGAGAGCAGGCUUUAUCAUGGCUCAGCUCAGCGUGGGGAACAAAAGGAGAGCAGCUGUAUGGUUGUGGUUUAAAUGUGGUAUUUUAAGCUAUGGAAGCAGGGCAGCUCCUCUGAGGAGGCCCAUCUUCUUUUCAGGGUUGCUUGUCUAAUAGUUACCAAAUACACACUUGAAUAUGUUAUGCCAGAGUAACAAUAGCAUGGACAGCAGAGCAGCAAUUGAUGAUAAGAGUUCUAAAGUAGCUGUAAGAUAAGAGGGCAUGGAAAGUUACAAACAAGUGGUUGUUUUUAAAACACAGAUGCAUUAUAGACUCUAGAGAUGGUCAUUUUCAUGUGUGUGCUUAUUGAUAUGGAUAUUCCUUUUGAUACCAUUAUCAUUGUUAUUCAUAGCCAUAUUUUAGCUGUGUCGUCUGAAGAGUACAGACUUUUAGAAGGAUAAAGCACACAUAUUUCAGACCCUUUCAGAGUCUGCUUAAAGUAUUUAAUCUGUAAUUACUAAAACUGUUCAACAAAGGCUCAGUGAUAAGCACUAGACAGCACACCUUGAACAAAGAGAAUAAUCUCAUGAAAAGAAGAUGAAACCGGUUAUAAAUGAGUGCAAUUUCCGUGCGACCAAUUGGGAACAAAGACAUUGAUUCAUUUUCUUUUUUUGUGGCGUAGAGCCUAACAAAAGACUAACAAAACAUAAUUCAAUGGAUAAGAGAAACAGAGUUUAUCUCCCUUUUUCUUAAAUGAUUUACUCUCCCAUCCCCUGUGGAAUGUCGGCACAAUGACAAACACACCAAACACAGAAGGGCUGAGGCAUGCGGAUGUCCUUCUGGGGUUGUGUCUGAAACGACACCCUAUGGGCCCUGGUCAAAAGUAGUGUGCACUAUAUAGGGUAUAGGUUGCCAUUUUGGACACACCCUGCGUCUGUCUUUAAUGGUGUGUGCUGGUCUGUUGGUCCUCACAGUGCCAUGCUCUCUCCUGGGACCACAUUUGUUGAUUAAAACUAGACAGGCAGAGGGAUGUCUUUUCGUUCCAGAUCAGAGUGCAUCAGAGUCAUGCCUGUCAGUUUGAAAUGGAGGUGGCUGCUUUUGUGGAUGUGUUACGACUGAAUCAUUUAGGCAUUGAGCAGUCAGAUCCCUAUUCACUGGAAAUAAGGAUGAGUGAUUUUUGUGUAAUUUAAAUUGAGAUAAUUGGCCUCAGGAUAGGGUAUGGGUCCCAGGAUACAUUUGGCACAUACAUGUGCUGGGAGAUUCACAUAAGAUGCAGUAAUUUGUUGUAAUCAUGCCGCAGAAGUCAUACAGUUACUUAAUCUUCUCGAAGGCAAAACUGACCUGAAUUGUUUUGCCAUUGUAAAUGAGUUGUUGUUACAGGCCUCAGACACAUUGGGGCCAAACUUGCGAACAUGAGAAAAAGUUGACUUUUAAACUGUUUCUCCUUCUCAAAAUGUGCAUCAACCAAUUAAAAUAAUUGAUUUGCUGGCACGUGAUAGAGCACUACAUUGUAGCUGAUCCCAUCAGAUAACCUGGCACAUGUUAGCUCUAUGCUAACCUCAACAGCUGACAGUGAUUAUAUCCGGUAACAAGUUCUGCAUCAGCCAAUUACAAAUGUUGUGCUCGAUAUACAAUCAAACACUUUUCCAUGAGAUCAACCUUAACAGAAGUCAAAGUCGAAGGCACCUUCUGAUAAUCAAAGUUACUAAAACACACCACAAUUUCAACUGUACCAAUAGCUCAUAGUGUAGUGAGCAUGGCUCCUGGUAAUUUUUGCCGUUUGCGGCAAGUUCGAAUCCCAGGUGCGCUAAAACAUUGAAAAUGAAUAAUAAGAAUAGCCUACAUUUAAUGAGGAGCUGCAUAUUUCUUCAGCCUUGUAGACAAGCACACAAUAAUCAAGUUUAUUAGGCCUACAUAAACUGAGUGUACAAAACAAAAACUGCUCUUUCCAUGGCAUAGACUGACCAGGUGAAUCUAGGUGAAAGCUAUAAUCCAUUAUGGAUGUCACUUGUUAAAUCCACUUCAAUCAGUGUAGAUGAAGGGGAGAAGACAGUAUAAAGAAGGAUUUUUAAGCCUUGAGACAAUUGAGACAUGGAUUGUGUGUGUGAAUGUGAAUGGGCAAGACAAAAUAUUGAAGUGCCUUUGAACGGGCUAUGGUAGUAGGUGCCAGGCGCACCGGUUUGUGUCGAGAACUGAAACGCUGCUGGGUUUUUCACGCUCAACCGUUUCCUGUAUGUAUCAAGAAUGGUCCACCACCCAAAGGACAUCCAGCCAACUUGACACAACUGUGGGAAGCAUUGGCGUCAACAUGGGCCAGCAUCCCUGUGCAACUCAAUAUUAGUAAGGUGUUCUUAAUGAUUUGUACACUCAGUGCAUAUUACAUAGACGUGUAGGCUACACUUACAUGUACAAUAUUUUAUUUGCAUUAUUAUAAUCAUCCACUUCAUCAAAUAUGCAUUAUUUAAAUUGAGCUUUGAGGUCCAGCAGUGAACAGUUUUUUUCUUAUACAGAGCAAAGAGAAACGACAGUCCAUCAUUACUUUAAGACAUGAAGGUCAGUCAAUACGGAACAUUUCAAGAACUUUGAAAGUUUCUUCAAGUGCAGUUGCAAAAACCAUCAAGCGCACUGAUGAAAUUGGCUCUCAUGAGGACUGCCACAGGAAUGGAAGACCCAGAGUUACCUCUGCUGCAGAGGAUAAGUUCAUUAGAGUUACCAGCCUCAGCAAUUGCAGCCCAAAUAAAUGCUUCACAGAGUUCAAGUCACAUACACAUCUCAACAUCAACUCUUCAGAGUACUAAAGGACACCAAUAAGAAGAAGAGACCUGCUUUGGCCAAGAAACACGAGCAAUGGACAUCAGACCGGUGGAAAUGUGUCCUUUGGUCUGGAGUCCAAAUUGGAGAUUUCUGGUUCAAACCGCUGUGUCUUUGUGAGACGCGGGGUGGGCGAACGGAUGAUCUCUGCAUGUGUAGUUCCCACCAUAAAGCAUGGAGGAGGUGGUGUUAUGGUGUGGGGGUGCUUUGCUGGUGACACUGUCUGUGAUUUAUUUAGAAUUCAAGGCACACUUAACCAGCAUGGCUACCACAGCAUUCUGCAGCGAUACGCCAUCCCAUCUGGUUUGGGCUUAGUGGGACUAUCAUUUGUUUUUCAACAGGACAAUGACCCAACACACCUCCAGGGUGUGAAAGGGCUAUUUUACCAAGAAGGAGAGUGAUGGUGCUGCAUCAGAUGACCUGACCUCCACAAUCCCCCGACCUCAACCCAAUUUAGAUGGUUUGGGAUGAGUCGGACGGCAGAAUGAAGGAAAAGCAGCCAACAAGUGCUCAGCAUAUGUGGGAACUCCUUCCAGACUGUUGGAAAAGCAUUCCUGGUGAAGCUGGUUGAGAGAAUGCCAAGAGUGUGCAAAGCUGUCAUCAAGACAAAGGGUGGCUACUUUUAAGAAUCAAAUAUAAAACACUUUUUUGGUUACUACAUGAUUCCAUAUGUGUUAUUUCAUAGUUUUGAUUUCUUCACUAUUAUUCUACAAUGUAAAAAAUAGUAAAAAAAUAAAGAAAAACCCUUGAAUGAGUAGGUGUGUCCAAACUUUUGACUGGUACUGUACAUUUAAAGCAUUAACAUAGACAUUACAGACCUAUAUAAAAUAAACAUAAAAAACUGCAACUAAAGACACACAUGUACACAAAUACGCAUGAUCAUGCAAUAUUGGCACUCUACACUUGAGACAGACCAAGUAAUUCUUGAAUUUGGAGGUUUAAAAUAUCCCUCUGGGGGUCAAGUUGACCUAUUUUAAGAAAUGCCAUUGGUUGGUGGAUAUAAAGUCUAAGAUCUUUGAUAGGCUGAUGCGGAAUUUGUGAAAUAAUCACUGUCAGCUGGUGAGGUUAGCAUAGGGCUAACAUGUGCUAGGUUAUCUGAUGGGGCACACACUUGUUUUCACAUAAUUUCAAAUAAAUUAUGUUGAACCAACGUGGAAUAGACGUUGAAUUGACGUCUGUGCCCAGUGGGCAGCUACAAUGUAGCGUUCUAUCACAUGCAACUACGUCUACGAUUGUAAUUGGCCGAUGUGCAUUUUGAGAUGGAGGUCCAGGUUAAACUUAAACUUUUUCUAAUAUUCACAAGUAUGGACCCAUUGUGUUACAGCAUGAAACCUCUGGUCUAGCGCUGCUGAACCUUGUUGUUUCACUGACUGCUUCUGUGUGCAUGGUUUUCUCUCCAGCAGCUUGGACUAAACAUAGCAAAAGUAAGAGUGAUACUGAAAGCGCAACAGCAACAGCAGCUUCUUGUGUAUCUUAACCACCAGCAACCAUGCCACUGUGUGCUGCUGCUUGUGUUCUGUGGUAAUUGCUGUCAGCUUUUUUUGGUGCUCAGCACAGGGUGAAAAGGGAACAUGUGUGUAUGCGCGUGUGCGUGCGUACCCGUAAGUGUGCGUGCAUGCGUGCACAUAUGUGCAUGUGUGUGUGUGCGUGUGUCUCCCUGUUCCCCAGUCCUGUAAGUGUAAUCACAGAGUGGCAAAUUACCUGUGUGGAUAAGGCAGCUCUGAGGAAGCAGGCAGGCCUUAUCAGGAGCCCUGGUGCUGGCUGGGUGCAGAGGAGACCAGCGGAGACCUGCCAAUCGCACUGUCCUCCCCUCACCAAGCCGAGCCUAGCAAAUGAGCUGCUUUACUGAGCUGAGACACACACACACACACAUGCACCCACCCACCCACCCACCCACACACACACACACACACACACACACACACACACCCAUUAACAGGCACACACACGCACACAUAUGCACACCGAUAGAGAGACUGCAGGUAAUUUUAAUUGUAUUUAUUUAACCUUUAUUUUAUCAGGGAGUCAUACUGAGACCAAGGACUAUUUUACAGAUGAGCCCUGAAUUACAGAAAUUUCAGAAAACGCCCAGAACAUCAAAUUUAAGAACAUUUUGAAGAUUGUUCCACAAAUAAGGUGUAAGAAAACUAAAAGCUGAUUUACCUAACUCAUUAGAGACUAAAGGAAUUUCCAGAGUUAGCCGUCCCUGAGACCUGGUGUAAUAAGGAGUAGCAGUAGCAAUUUAGAGUUAGGGGAAGGAUAAAAUGUCCUAAACGUUUUGGGAUGACAUUCUUUAUCUUAUGAAUAAAAAACAGUAGGGUUAUAGAGUAGAUGAUGUUGAAUAUGGUAUUAUACAGUAUAUGUGUUAUUACUAAAGCACGAGCAGGGUUGGUGGCACCCACAGGACCUUGAAUGGACAAGUGUUUUUUUCUUCAUUGCUGGCCAUGUGAUCGAUAGGGAAAAUAUUUUACAUCAACUUUCUGCAUACUCAUUUUAUCAUGGAUUGUUGUGGGUUGGAUGAAUUACAGAAUAUUGAGUGCUGAAUCAAAGUUUAAAAAGAAAAGUAGAACUCCAAAGUCCAAAAUGUUAUUCCCUACUAGGUUUGCCCAUUUCAAUAAGGAUUUUUGGAGUGCAGACAGAUUUCUAAUGGACCUUAUUGGCAACCAAAACCAUCCCCAGUUGGUCACACUUUAAUAAGGAAAACACUCAUCCAAAAGUAAGCCAAAAACUCUGCAAUCAUUUUCCCAACCUUUUUUCACCAUCAAACUCUCAGAUACACUACGUAAAUAUAUACAUACACUACCAGUCAAAAGUUUGGACACAACUACUCAUUCAAGGGAUUUUCUUUAUUUUACUAUUUUCUACAUUGUAGAAUAAUAGUGAAGACAUCAAAACUAUGACAUAACACAUAUGGAGUAAUGUAGUAACCAAAAAAGUGUUAAACAAAUGAAAAUAUAUUUUAUAUUUGAGAUUCUUCAAAUAGCCACCCUUUGCCUUGAUGACAGCUUUGUACACUCUUGGCAUUCUCUCAACCAGCUUCAUGAGGUAGUCACCUGGAAUGCCUUGUUUAAAGUUAAUUUGUGGAAUUUAUUUCCUUCUUAAUGCGUUUGAGCCAAUCAGUUGUGUUGUGACAAGGUAUGGGUGGUAUACAGAAGAUAGCCCUAUUUGGUAAAAGACCAAGUCCAUAUUAUGGCAAGAACAGCUCAAAUAAGGCCUCCACAAUCACCUGACCUCAACCUAAUUGAGAUGGUUUGGGAUGAGUUGGACCGUAGAGUGAAGGAAAAGUAGCCAACAAGUGCUCAGCAUAUGUGGGAACUCCUUCAAGACUGUUGGAAAAGCAUUCCAGGUGAAGCUGGUUGAGAGAAUGCCAAGAGUGUGCAAAGCUGUCAUCAAGGCAAAGGGUGGCUACUUUUAAGAAUCUCAAAUAUAAAAUAUAUGUUGAUUUGUUUAACACUUUUUUGGUUACUACAUGGUUCCAUAUGUGUUAUUUCAUAGUUUUGAUGUCUUCACUAUUAUUCUACAAUGUAGAAAAUAGUCCAAAAAAAAGAAAAACCCUGGAAUGAGUAGGUGUGUCCAAACUUUUGACUGGUGCUGUGUAUAUAUAUAUAUAUAUAUAUAUAUAUAUAUAUAUAUAUAUAUAUAUAUAUAUAUAUAUAUAUAUAUAUAUAUAUAUAUAUAUAUAUAUAUAUAUAUAUAUAUAUGUACAGUAUGUAUACUCAAAUACUGUAGGUGUUAUCCCAUUGUGGAAGUAGUGUUUUAUUUACAGUAUUUCUGAAUGACUUAUUCUUUACAUGCUUUCGCAUAACCUCUAUAACCUGCAGCAACACAUAUUUUACCCGUCAGUAUAAUAUGAAUAUCUCACAUAAUGCCUAUUUGAUAGAUUCUUGCAUGAUCAAAUGUUUAUUUGAAUCAUACAUUUGUUAGUUAUGGCCCUGUACUGUGCAAUAAAUCAUUUCCCAUUGGAGAUUCUCUCUAUGUGGAUGUUUGAUGGCAACACUAACUCUGUCUUAUAUAUUGCAUUCAUAAAAGACGAGAUCAUUUUUAUAUCUCUGCUUCUGAUGGCUUUCCAUUGAGUGUCUAUCUGUCUUGCUGCUGGGGGUUGAAGACAGUCCUGAUAAGAUGGAUGGCUCGCAAUGGUCUGGCACUCUUUUCUGGUGUUUUAUAGCGCUUUGAGAAAUAAAAUAUUACCUUAUUUUAGUCUGUGUCUUUUAGCCAAGGGAGCCGGGCUAGAGACACUGCUCACACAGCCCAACCACUCACAAGGCCUGUAAAGGGUAUCAUGGUAGGGGAUUGCUAAAUGGCACAUCUGUUGUAGCUGCUCCAAGGAUGAUGAUAUGAUAAAAUAUUAUUUUCAGCACCAGCACAAAGGCACAUUCACCAGUGUCAACAAACAUUUUCUAUGUGGCCACAAAGCUGCUUUGCCAGGGGCUGGGAGGGUCAUCGAUCCCCUUUCUACUGGUGACCUUUCUUUAAUCCUGCAUGGGCUCUAUAGAAAUACCUUUAUGAACAGCCAGGACAUGUCUGUGUUAGUCAUUGUGAAGAGAUCAUCUAUUUUUAAAACAGUGGGACAGAUACAUGAGUGGUAUUAUUAAGAAUGGAAAGAAGUAGAGGGUGAUCAAGCAACGUGAGUCGAGGUGCAACCUAAAAAUGUGUAAACGUCAUUGGAAAGAAAAAGGCGCAACGCUCGCUCACCGCAGAACGCUAGCUGACCGCCGUUUCUUUCCAAUGGUAUUAUUAAGAACACAUCAGAUCAGGCAAGACACAAAACAACACAAUCAUGUCAGUUUUCAUGCCUUCAUGCUUUAGCGUCCCUUGAAAAAACAACAUUUUCUCACCAAAUUAAGGGAAAGUAAUCUUGGAACAUGAUGAUGGCAUACUUUGCCUACAUUCCAGCAUGCCUUUAGUCUCCAACGGACAACACCCAGGAUCAGGCUUAGCUGUACGUUUGUUAAUUCUGAAAUAAUGACUGUGCAGGUGGUGUCCAUUAGCCAAACUCUGCCUAUACAUCCAAAUGAUGGCACAGCCAAUUAGAGAGCAGGUGAGUGGGAGCUCUGCUCCGCUCCUCUCUGUCGGUACUUCACUUCAUCCUGGCUAAAACGGGGUACAACAAAAGGUUAGAAAAAGGGAAACAGCAUUAGGAAUGGAAAGGGCAGCAGCACAAUCCCCAUUCAUUUCAUGUCCAUUUUAAUGUGCAGCUGCUGCCUGGAUGCCUGGAUGGGACUGCGAAGCCAAAAUGUCCACUGUGAUUAGUCGUGGGAGUGGAAUCUCUAAUGAUCGGCCUCUUAAUUAAAAUCCUGAAAUAAUUAGGUGUGCAUCGCUUCAUGUCUGAAUUGCCAUGUAUUCAUCACUGGAGUCAGUGGUGGCUCUGUGAUGAGGUGUUACUUUAUAACAGCCUAAACUGUAAUAGCUAAAUCCUGUAAUUCCUUUCAUAGGCCCGUUCUGAUUAGUUUGAUCAGUCAUGGAAAUGGCAGCACGCAGGCUACUCAUCCUUAAUCUGUAAAAGGCAGAACAUUCACAGACUAAGUCAGAGUAUUACAAAAUACUUUUGUCAUUAUCUCUUGUGCAAUAACAUGAAAUUGUGCAUUUCUGAACUAUAUAUAUACACCAGUCAAAAGUUUGGACACACCUACUCAUUCCAGGGUUUUUCUUAAUUUCUUCUAUUUUCUACAUGUAGUGAAGACAUCAAAACUAUGAAAUAACACAUAUGGAAUGAUGUAGUAACCAAAAAAGUGUUAAACAAAUAUAAACCUAUGUUAUAUUUGAGAUUGUUCAAAGUAGCCACCUGAUGACAGCUUUGAUGACAGCUUGGCCUUGAUGACAGCUUUGCACAUUGUUGGCAUUCUCUCAACCAGCUUCAUGAGGUAGUCACCUGGAAUGCAUUUCAAUUAACAGGUGUGCCUUGUUUAAUGUUAAUUUGUGGAAUUUAUUUCCUUCUAUUUGCGUUUGAGCCAAUCAGUUGUUGUGACAAGGUAGGGUUGGUAUACAGAAUAUAGCCCUAUUUGGUAAAAGACCAAGUCCAUAUUAUGGCAAGAAAAGCUCAAAUAAACAAAGAGAAACAACAGUCCAUCAUUACUUUAACAUUUUACAUUUUAGUCAUUUAGCAGAUGCUCUUAUCCAUACAUAAUUGUUUUAUUUUUCAUACUGGCCCCCCGUGGGAAACGAACCCACAACCCUGGCGUUGCAAACGUCAUGCUCUACCAACUGAGCUACAUCCCUGCCGGCCAUUCCCUCCCCUACCCUGGACGAUGCUGGGCCAAUUGUGCGCCGCCCCAUGGGUCUCCCGGUCGCGGCCGGCUACGACAGAGCCUGGAUUCGAACCAUUAAGCGCUAUGAUGAAACUGGCUCUCAUGAGGACCGCCACAGGAAAGGAAGACCCAGAGUUACCUCUGCUGCAGAGGAUAAAUUCAUUAGAGUUAACUGCACCUCAGAUUGCAGCCCAAAUAAAUGCUUCACAGAGUUCAAGUAACCGACACAUCUCAACAUCAACUGUUCAGAGGAGACUGUGUGAAUCAGGCCUUCAUGAUCGAAUUGCUGCAAAUAAACCACUACUAAAGGACAUCAAUAAGAAGAAGAGACUUGCGUGGGCCAAGAAACACGAGCAGUGGACAUUAGACCGGAGGAAAUCUGUCUUUGGUCUGACGAGUCCAAAUAUGAGAUUUCUGGUUCCAACCGCCGUGUCUUUGUGAGACGCAGAGUAGGUAAACGGAUGAUUUCCGCAUGUGUGGUUCCCACCAUGAAGCAAUAUAUAUAUAUAUAUAUAUAUUCUUCAUGAAAAUACAUUAUGCGGACAACACCAUUUGGUAUACAUCUGGCCCUUCAUUGGACACUGUGUUAACAAACCUCCAAACGAGCUUCAACGCCAUACAACACUCCUUCCGUAGCCUCCAACUGCUCUUAAACACUAGUAAAACUAAAUGCAUGCUCUUCAACCGAACGCUGCUUGCACCCGCCCACCCGACUAGAAUCGCUACUCUCGGCGGGUCUGACCUAGAGUAUGUGGACAACUACAAAUACCUAGGUGUCUGGUUAGACUGUAAACUCUCCUUCCAGACUCACAUUAAGCAUCUCCAAUCAAAGGUUAGAUCUAGAAUCGGCUUCCUAUUUCGCAACAAAGCCUCCUUCACUCAUGCUGCCAAACAUGCCCUUGUAAAACUGACUAUCCUACCGAUCCUUGACUUCGGCGAUGUCAUUUACAAAAUAGCCUCCAACACUCUACUCAGCAAAUUGGAUGUAGUCUAUCACAGUGCCAUCCGUUUUGUCACCAAAGCCCCAUAUACUACCCACCAUUGUGACCUGUGCACUCUUGUUGGCUGGCCCUCACUACAUAUUUGUCGCCAAACCCACUGGCUCCAGGUCAUCUAUAAAUCACUGCUAGGCAAAUCCCCGUCUUACCUUAGCUCACUGGUCACCAUAGCAACACCCACCCGUAGUCUGCGCUCCAGCAGGUAUAUCUCACUGGUCAUCCCCAAAGCCAACACCUCCUUUGGCCGCCAUUCCUUCCAGUUCUCUGCUGCCAAUGACUGGAACGAACUGCAAAAAUGUCUGAAGCUGGAGACUCUUAUCUCCCUCACUAACUUUAAGCGUCAGUUGUCAGAGCAGCUUACCGAUCACUGCACCUGUACACAGCCAUUCUGAAAUUAGCCCACCCAACUACCUCAUCCCCAUAUUGUUAUUUAUUUUGCUAAUUUGCACCCCAGUAUCUCUAUUUGCACAUCAUCUUUUGCACAUCUAUCAUUCCAGUGUUAAUACGAAAUUGUAACUAUUUUGCACUAUGGCCUAUUUAUUGCCUUACCUCCAUAACUUUCUACAUUCGCACACACUGUAUAUAUAUUUUCUGUUUGUAUUUUUUACUUUAUGUUUUGUUUACCCCAUAUGUAACUCUGUGUUGUUGUUUUUAUCACACUGCUUUGCUUUAUCUUGGCCAGGUCGCAGUUGUAAUUGAGAACUUGUUCUCAACUGGCUUACCUGGUUAAAUAAAGGUGAAAAAAAAAAAGAAAAGAAAAAAAUAUAUAUAUAUUAUUGCGUUUCUGGCUCUACCAACAUGAAAGGAACACAUUUUCAGCUGAGAGGGAAUAAGAAGAGCAGGGUGUUUUGUGGUAAUGUGUUAGGUGCCAGUCAUUCACCCAUGUGCAUGCCCCAAAGCUCAGAGCUGGCAUGUCCAUCUGCUGGCAUGAUUACACAUGACCCCUGCUUUCUCUUUGGGGUUACUACAAUUAACCCUGACAAACCCCAACACCAAACACCAAGCCAGGACUAAAAUGUAACUAACAUCUCUCUAAAGCCUACACUGUAGCUUCGACAGAAGAAAAGUUUUAAGUAAAAGAAGAAAUAACAGGGUAUUGUUUGGACACAACUGGGAUAUGAGGCUGGUAUUAUUCAUACUACCAAGAUCAAAGCGAACGUAGAGCCAAACAUAUGCUGCUCCGUACAUAGCUGGAGAUGUAGACCUACAUUCACUGAAUAAUACCAAUGCUGCUGUAAUAUUGAUUGUUAGCCUGAGGUGGUUGCUCAGCGGAUAGAGAUAACAAGCUGCUCAGGAAAGAGGACUGGAGGGAACGAGGUUGAUGUAUGUAGAAAUUUUCAUGCACUCAUAACGAUGUCGCUCCUAUUGAUUGGUGCUCCCUGCCAUCCCUUCUGAUUCCUUAAUAAUUUGUUAUAAUUCUGUCAUCGUAUGGUAACAUGUUUUUCAGGGAUAAAUAAAUCUCUUGGUCAUUGAAGAUGCGCCUCGUGCAUGUUCUAUACACUAGAUGUUAGCCAGGAACUGACUGGAGGGAAUAUCUAUCUCUAUGAAAUCUGGAUUUUAGAUGGAAAACCAAGCUUGCCCUAAGCUUGGGAGUAACCAAAGUCAGAGUGUGGACCGACCACACGGCGUGGCUGGCUGUGUGUCUGAUCUGUGGCUCAUGUUGUGUUAGGCAUUCAGAACACCCUUACAGCUUUCUGUCACAGUGGAGACAUCGACACCAUGGCUUGGUGAAGGAGCUCAAUAGAAUCAGUGCUGCCUACCUGGCUAUCUGAUACAUAUAUCAGGGCAUCAGCAAACACCUGCCCAGGCCACAGCACUCUCUCACUCAACCACUCAUUGAGACAUCAAUCUCACCUCGUCUCCCACACCUUCACCCCCCUACCUCCCUUCCUUCCUUCCUUCCUUCCUUUCUCCUUCUGCCACUUCUGUGACUGGUUGUGGUUGUUCAAACAGCCCUCAUGCCUGACUGAGCAUCUCUUUCCCCCAGCAGUACUGCAGACUGGCAUCCAUGCGUGUCAUUUAGAAUGGGGGUCAUUGACAACGCUUUCCACCCCUAGGCUGCUUUCAGAGCCAGUGACAGCUUGACAGCAUGUUGUCACUGUAUCAGAAUCAACAAAACAAUUCAUAUAAGGAAGUAUAACCAGAACAGUGUGUUUUCAGACAUCUUGUUCUUUGUUUGGCCUAUUGCCACAUCAUCCAUAUGGAUCGAAAGAGAUAUGUUAUUUACCAUGCUUUGGAGUUGGCAAUUCUGUCCACAUUUGAAAAUAAUGAUGUGCAAUUUAAGCUUGACGCUCAGGGAGAUGUCAGAGCUGUUUUCUUGUCGUUUUGCCUUUGUUCAUUGUCAUAGAUAGUUACAUUUUAGUACAUCAUUCAUGUAUAGUAUUUUCUGAGGAUGUCUUUAUUCUGGGCUUUUUUUAGUUAACUGCAUAACUUCUCAGUGAAGUGAAGAAGAUAACUGUAAACGUCCCAGCUGUUUAUCUGAUGGGCUGAGCAUGAAUUCUAUGUGAAACCCCGUUUGAUUAAUAAAUAGAUUAUGGGGACAGGAGGACUUAAAUCUGUAAUUACCGUAUUAUUAAGCAAUGGCCUCUCAUAUGGGGAUUAGAUUAACAGUGCAGGAAAACAAAUUCAAUCCCUGGCUCCAAGAAUGUUUGAGACGUCACCGGAAAGGUAAUGUGACCAAGCAGAGAGAUGCCUGCUGUCAUCCUCAUGGUUCUGUAAUCUAAGAGGAGGAAGGUAGGGGUUUACAUCCCUGGCCCCUGUUCUAUUCAUAUUCACUGCCUUUAAUUAGCUACUGCUCUUCAUUUGGGUUUAAUCCUCCCCCUUGGCUAUGCAAGAUCAUUGAUAUAUUCACUGCACCGUGUGGGGAGAGCACCUAAAUUCAAUUUAGUUUUAUGCAUGUGGAUAGAGUAAUCUCAGCCUUUCAAAUAGUUACCCCCCCCCCGCUUAAACAUUAUUGGAUAUGUUAUGGAUAUGUUAGAGAAAUGUUAUUGGAUUUAUCCAAUAUGGUCCACAUCUAUAAACUAAGAUUGAUUGCUCCGACUGAAUAUAUAGAUUAGAAAGUUAAGUGAUUGCAGGUCAGUAAAUGUUUUAUGUCAUCGUCAUUUGAUUUUGCCAUAUUCCUUUGUUGCAGUGUUCAGCUCCUCCAUGGUCUCUCUGUUUGUAUUUAAUGAAAAUCCAACCAGGGAGACUGCAUAAGUCCUGUACUGGGAUUUCACUAAAUAUGGCCUAACUCGUUAUCAAAUGUGUACAGAUAACAUUAACAUUUAGCCAGCUUGCCUAGAGAAUACCGUACAGUGUAGUUAAUGGGCAAUCUUUUAUAUCUGGCAUAGCUAUUGACACUUAAUGAACACUCACAGACUAUAGGGACCUUGUUCAAUUGGGCAUCACCAACUUUACCUUUAACUGAUGAAAAACCCUUGUGUCUCAUUUAUCCUGGUAAGCGUAUGUGGCAGGCUGAUCAAUUCCCAGUCCACCUAGAAAAUGGGAGCUAUUUGGAUUCAGGCCACACCUCCCUACGCAUAAUUCCAUGUAUAAUAAUGUACAAAAGAGAUAAAAACAUAUUUAUGUAUGCAUUUCUCUGUUGUCACAUAUUGUAUACAAUGUCCCUCCCUACCUGUCGCAUGCUAACUUAGCCAUUUUAAAGCAGAUACCAAUGUAUAAUACAUAACAGGAGAUAACCAUGAUUAAGUUAUAUGCGAUUUGCAAUUCUCAGCUCAGCAUAUAGGCUACUGGACUCCCAUGUGGGUUCCUAGCUGCACGCCACCUUGACCUUUCCAAAGGUUCAUUUAAUGUUUUAUUCAGGUUAGUAGAAGACAUGCAAAUGGUUAUUCUCACAGGCCAUAAUCAGUAAGUCAGUGCUGUGGCUAAACUCCCCAUGGGCUAACUUUAUAUCAUGCAAUCCUCAGUUUAUUGUCUCUAUGUUGUUAAUUAAGUACAUAUUUUCAUAGGUAUAUUGUCAAUGUACUGAGUAAGAAAAGAGGCCAUCUGCCUACCAGAGGAGGCUGCUGAGGGGAGGACAGCUCAUAAUAAUGGCUGGAACGGAGCAAAUGGAAUGGCAUCAAACACAUAGAAACCAUGUGUUUGAUACCAUUCCACCUAUUCCACUCCAGCCAUUACCACGAGCCUGUCCUCCCCAAUUAAGGUGCCACCAAACUCCUGUGCUACCUACACACACACACACACACACACACACACACACACACACACACACACGCGCGCUUCAUAAAGGUGUUUUAUUUAUGUCGUAAGUAGGAAGCCUUUGAUCACCACUCUUCAAAGCGGCUUAAUGCACACGUGGAAAAGUGAACCCAGGAUACUCUGUCCUUGGACAGAACAGAACACACAAUACUGCACAAAACCAAGUUAGUCCAUGUAUUGCAAGCGAAUACAUCAUAACAGAAAAACUUUCGGUGAGUGACUCCCCCCCCCCCCAGUCCAGACCUGCGUGUUACAUAAUGUAUAGCGAUGGCUGCGAUGCCCAUUUGGUAUGCACUCUCCGCUUUUCACGCGCAAUCUCUGACCCCGUCUUGUAAAUCAGAGAGGUUAUAUCUCUCUUUUGUCAAACUGGUGAAUCAAUAAGUAUUCAUGCACACAGCUAGUUAAGAUCAUGUUAAUGAAAUGUCCUCCAGGUCUAGGUGCUUUUUCUCUCUUUCCAUAUGUUGGAUCCAGUGUGCUGUGCUGUACUACCCACUAGGCCCUCAGAGAGCCAGGCAGCAGGAAGCAGGCAGCAGGCAGAAGGCAGCAGGCAGCAGGAAGCAGGCAGCAGGCAGCCAGGGCCCUUUAAGGAAGUGGUGCACAUCAUGUGGAACUAAAGGGAUUAGACAUGCUAACUGCCACUUCAUAGUCUUCUCUGGUCCAUGGACAAAUGUAACAAAUGUGAUAAUAAUGUCAGGAAAGAUGUCAAAAGUGGAAAGUAGUUGUACCAUUGGGAUGAAAGACAGAAAAGGAAAAGCUAAGAAUACAAUGGGCACGUUCAAUAUUUGAUUAUGAUAUGAGCAUUGUAAGGACUAUUCAUUUGACCCAUUCUCCUUAUCUAAUGAAUAAAAAUAAAUAAAAAAUGUCUGGACAAAUGUAUCUUAAGGAGUAAAAUAGAGGAAAUGACAUGAUGUCGUAUAAAGGUUUGUUUGAAGCAUCAGAGUCUGAGCUAACAGUGAUACCCAGUAUGUCUCAUCAGAGCCUCACACCUCUUCACAGUAGCCUAGGUGUGAGGAUCUGGAGGGCCGGGGUGUGAGGGGUGUGUGAGGGGGGUCGUGUUAGACGUGUUGUUUAAGGAGAUAAUUAUAAUUAAUAAUUCAUAUUAUUGUUAAUGUGUGGAGCAUCACAGGGUACGAACAGCACACCCCUCUUUCCCUCCUGUUCUCUUUAAUCCUUUGUUAAAAUAAUAUGAGUCUUACUGUACAGUAUGUCCUCAUGCUCAAGCACUAUGAUAUUCUAUUUUCAAUAUUGAAAUUCACGGUCACCCACCAAAGCACAUGAAUUUAGAAGUGUAUCUGCUCUGGGUGGUUCUACAAAGAAGACCUUUAGCUCUUCCCUGCUAUCAUUUUCAAAUUUGUCAUCCGUGUCUUUCACAUUAAUGUGACAUUAUUGAUUUAGCCAGGGCUGGUGCAGGGCCUGUGUUUGUUGAGGGGAGGGCUAAGUCCAAAUCAUAUCCACCCGCUUCCAGCCCCAGGGUACGGUUAGCCCAGCCUGGCCUGGAGAUGAGAUGGAGGGUCUCCAGUUCCUCCCCAGGCACGGUGUGAUGAAUGUUUGGGGCUGGUCUGGAGGAUAAGACUGUCCUUCACCUACUUCUGCCUGUCUUGACGGUAAAUGACCACAGAUGCAUUGUGUUGUUUCUCAACUUAUAUUUCUCUCUCUCCUCUCUCUCUCUCUCUCUCUCUCUCUCUCUCCUCUCCUCUCCUCUCCUCUCCUCUCCUCUCCUCUCCUCUCCUCUCCUCUCCUCUCCUCUCCUCUCCUCUCCUCUCCUCUCCUCUCCUCUCCUCUCCUCUCCUCUCCUCUCCUCUCCUCUCCUCUUCUCUCUCUCUCCCCACACAGGAGGCUGGAAGAAGUGGUGUUUGAGUGUGGCUGUGAUAUACGCUGGAUUCAGCUGUGGCAGCAGCGAGGAGAGGCUGGCCUGCACACCCAGCAACUCUUCUGCAACAACGGAGCCUCCAAGAUCCCUCUGCAGACUAUGAAUAUCUCCCUCUGUGGUAUGAACCACUGCCGCCACGUUCCCCGCUCCACACUACUCAAUCAUCCCAUGGUAGAAUAAUAGGAAGCAUUUUACUUGGAAUGGCUGUCAUAGAGCCUAGACUAUUCACAUCGAAUUCAUAAGAAUGGCCUAAACGCAUGUCAUAACUCAUCUCAUGACAGCCGGCCAAAGAGUCAUGACAACUUACUGUUCUGAAACUCUGCUUGUUCCUUCCUUUCCCUUUCCCAAAUAGAAUUCACAAUAGCUCAAAGUGUCUCAGUCAGAAUUUCAAGUGUGCUGUGUCUAGCUGCUAUUGUAUUCUCUCUCUCUCUCUCUCUCUCUCUCUCUCUCUCUCUCUCUCUCUCUCUCUCUCUCUCUCUCUCUCUCUCUCUCUCUCUCUCUCUCUCUCUCUCUCUCUCUCUCUCUCUCUAUCUCUCUCUCUCUCUCUCUCUCUAUCUAUCUAUCUAUCUCUAUCUAUCUCUGUCUCUCAGACCUGCCGGACAUCAGUGUGACGCACUUUAACCUCACUGUUGUUGAGGGGGACAGAGUCACCGUCACCUGUAAUGGAUCUGGAUCCCCCCUACCUGAGGUGGACUGGACCGUCAAUGACCUCCACUCCAUCAACACUCACCAGGUGGGCUAGGGGACAAACCAGGGGACAAACCAGGGGACACACAAUGCACUCUGCUAUUCUACUGAUCACUAGGUUGUACACUAUAUAUACAAAAGUAUGUGGACACCCAUUCAUAUUAGUGGAUUCUGCUAUUUCAGCCACACCCAUUGCUGACAGGUGGCACACAGCCAUGCAAUUGCCAUAUACAAACAUUGGCAGUAGAAUGGCCUUACUGAAGAGCUCAGUUACUUUCAACGUGGCACCGUCAUAGGAUGCCAUCUUUCCAACAAGUCAGUUCGUCAAAUUUCUGCCCUGCUAGAGCUGCCCCGGUCAACUGUAAGUGCUGUUAUUGUGAAGUGGAAACGUCUAGGAGCAACAACGGCUCAGCCGCGAAGUGGUAGGCCACACAAGCUCACAGAAUGGGGCCGCUGAGUGCUGAAGUGCGUAGAGCGUAAAAAUCGCCUGUCCUCAGUUGCAUCACUCAUUACCGAGUUCCAAACUGCCUCUGGAAGCAACGUCAGCACAAUAACUAUUCGUCUGGAGCUUCAUGAAAUGGGCUGAGCAGCCGCACAAAAGCCUAAGAUCACCAUGCACAAUGCCAAGUGUUGGCUGGAGUGGUGUAAAGCUCACCACCAACUGUAAAGUUUGGUGGAUGAGGAAUAAUGGUCUGGAGCUGUUUUUCUAGGUUCGGGCUAGGCCCCUUAGUUCCAGUGAAGGGAAAUCUUAAUGCUGCAGCAUACAAUGACAUUCUAGACGAUUCUGUGCUUCCAACUUUGUGGCAACAGUUUGGGGAAGGCCUUUCAUGUUUCAGUAUGACAAUGCCCCCUUGCACAAAGCAAGGUCCAUACAGAAAUGGUUUUUCGAGAUUGGUGUUGAAGAACUUGACUGGCCUGCACAGAGCCCUGACCUCAACCCCAUCGAACACCUUUGGGAUGAAUUCGAACGCGGACUGCAAGCCAGGCCUAAGCGCCCAACAUCAGUGCCCGACCUCACUAAUGCUCUUGUGGCUGAAUGGAAGCAAGUCCCCGCAGCAAGGUUCCAACAUCUAGUGGAAAGCCUUCCCAGAAGAGUGGAGUGGAGGCUGUUAUAGCAGCAAAGGGGGAACCAACUCCAUAUUAAUACCCAUGAUUUUGGAAUGAGAUGUUCGACAAGCAGGUGUCCACAUACUUUUGGUCAUGUAGUGUACCAUUGUGAUUUGUGUGUAUCUAGCUGCAUGAAACUAUUUGGCUUGUGACCUUGGAGUUUGUGUUAUCUACAGUACAACUUCAGGGUAAAUUCCAUUUAGAUUCCAGUCAGUUCUGUAAUGCAGUUGUUGUGCUAUGGAGAAGGCCCAUGUCCAAUUGUGUAUUUCUGAUGUCACAGCUUUCUGAAACUCUUAAAAUGCAUAACAUGCAGAAUAUUACAUCUAAAAUCCUUAAUGGAGAUUGUCUGCCACUAUGCUAUGAGGUUGUCAAGCAUCUUUAUCUUUAUCCUACUGUAUCACUCCCCUCUCUUUCUCUCCUACUCUGUUCCAGUCCAAUGUUUACUGGCCCAAUGUCCACUCCAUCAACCUGACCCUGGUCAACGUGAGUCGUGAUGACAACUUCUACAUGCUGACCUGUAUAGCAGAGAACAAAGUGGGGAUGGCCAACACCUCCAUUCAGCUCACUGUCCAUUGUACGUAG